ACGUGCGUCCCUCACUGCUGGGUGUGCAUGUUGUGGAAAGGGCCGGUAGUUAUUUAGUGAGCUUGAGAUGCUCUUGAGGACCAAUGUGAUUUGUAACACUGGGUGAGGGAAGGAGCUCCUCCAGGCACCUGUAUUCCGAAUUGCCAACCUACUGUGUUGUCUUGCAAAAUGCAUGCUUUCCCCAUUCUCUGCCAAACUCAGCACGCCGAUCGUGAUGUGGCUGUUGCCAUGCACGAGAGCACAGCCCUGGAAUAAAUCCUUCCUUUCCAAAAUAGAAGAGCGGUCUUGUCACACAACUAAUACAGCUUGUCUCCUGGUAAAGGGGUGUGUGGGGAGAGACGGGGUGGUGGAGGAAAUCCGCUGACAGCCCUUCUUUUACAGAUCUCCUUGACAGGCAAUCUUGGGCUUAUGAAAAGGUAAUGCAGCAUUAGCAAGCCCGAAGCAGAAAGGUGUAAGAUAAAUGGCACAGCCCAGUGGUGUAACUCGCGUAGAGUACAGUAGGCAUCUGAGAAGUGGGAUGGCAGCAUAAAGACUCAUGUGAGGCUUGCAUGUUGUAUAUAAAGUGCAGACGGAAGUUAUUUUGAUUAGAUUUUUUUAAAACAAGUGCCGCAAAUAUUUGGAAAGGCAUUACAUUCCAGGAGAUAUCUGGAUCUUCCUUAAAAGGUAAAGGUAAAAGCACCCCUGACAGUUAAGUCCAGUCGCGGACAAUUCUGGGGUUGCGGCGCUCAUCUCUCUUUAUUGGCUGAGGGAGCCGGCUUACAGCUUCUGGGUCAUGUGGCCAGCAGGACUAAGCUGCUUCUGGCGAACCAGAGCACCACACAGAAAUGCCAUUUACCUUCCCGCCAGAGCAGUACCUAUUUAUCUACUUGCACUUUGACAUGCUUUCAAACUGCUAGGUUGGCAGGAGCUGGGACCGAACAACGGGAGCUCACCCCAUUGUGGGGAUUCGAACUGCCAACCUUCUGAUUGGCAAGCCCUAGGCUCUGUGGUUUAACCCACAGCACCACCUGCGUCCCAUUUCUCUACGUUAGUUCUAAUAAAUUAAGAUGAUGUAGUAAUUCCUACCUCACGUGGCUUUUAACCUCUGAGAUAUGAGCUACACCAAGGUCAAGGACCGUCAGGUAGCUGCUAGUGCCCCAGAAGUGCCCACUGCUUCUGCCACCUAUCCUGCGUCCCCUGUGCCAAAAGGCCAAGUUUACAAGCCAUCUUUUGAAAUCCCCCAUAGCAUCCUUUGUUAUGCUUUGUUGGGUACUUCCAGGGCAUUGUGGGAAAUUUUAAACGGCAGCUCACAGCUUCCCACUGCUGCCCCUGUGGAAGCCCUCAGUAUGGGGUCCACCAGCCAGCGGUGGAGCAAGCCAACUGGGCGCCUGGGGCGGCAUGCAAGCCCUGUGCCCAGGGGUGGGGCCAGCCACCCACGGGGGCGGGGCCAGCUGGAGCGAGACGAUCUGUGGGGCCUCUGAGCAGUCUGCCUGCCUCCUCCCACUCAGCCGCCCUACAGCUGAGGGGGAGGCAGCGGGCAGACCGCUUGGGGUAUAAUGUGGAGCCUGCGGGCACCCAAGCCACCGUGUCACUUCUAGGAGAGAUGUGUGGCUCGGGCCUGCUGCAGGCCCUGCGGUGAGUGCCGCCCACCAUUUUGUCACCCCCCUCUGUGUGGACACCCAGUGUGAGCCGCCCCUACCACACACCCCUUCCUCCACCCCUGAAUAGGACACAGCCCCAACAACUGUUUUCAGUGCCACUGCCAAAUCCGAGUUCACCACCAGACUUUAACUCCCCCCCCCGGAAGGAUCCAAUUGCAUACCUAGAAAUGCACCGUAGGUUUAUUUAAAGUGGUUUAAAGUUGCAACAAACCCACUUUUUUUUUUUUAACCACUUACAUUUUUGCAAUUAGGAAAGUGGUUUUUGCAGUUAGGAAAGCUUGACAAAAAAAAAAAGAGCGGACAUUGCCUCGCCUCAGGCGAAGUUUUGCAGAAGGCAAUCAGGAUGAAUGCUCAAUAAACAGGCCCUCUAAGUUGCAAAGGGAGAAGAAAUGACAGCGUCCCUGAACAGACCCAAAGUACAUUUCUCUCACGACUGAGAAACUGCAAUGAGUCCCCACUUGGAGAGGAACAAGGAGCAGAUCAGAGGGUCAUGUUUCGAGAUGGUCCUCUCUUUUUUGAGAAAUCAAACACUAGCUGUACUUAAUUCCUUUUUAAAAAAAAUCUGCAUGUUGUUCAGUCUCCCAAGCAAGAUUUGACAAAAUGGAGGAAGCCUGUUGUGCUCUAAACUAUUCUUCACUUGCAGGGCACUGUGACUAUUUUUGGGUGAGAUUCAGUCACACACUUGGAAAUUCAGGUUGUACAAUUAUAGCUGAUUGGGAGGCCUUGAACACACACACAGAAACACUGCUAAUCCCCCCAAAAUCAGAUAGGGAAAGAAAUUGGCGAGUUAGAUCAUGUUUCCUUUGAUACAAACAAAUCAGAACGGAGGCUUGGAAAUAGCCAACACUAUCUCAUCUCCCUGCAAGCAAAUCAGGAUGGGCUGUCCAGAAAUACUCAAAGUAUCCUGUCUGCCAACCCUUGCAUCUCUUUUCUCUCCUCUGACUCCCAUAAUGAUGCGCUGCUUACUAUAAGGCAACUUCCAGCAGAGCAGGCAGGCAGGAAGAUGUGUUGCAAAACAUCUGUCAGUCUGCUAUCAUAGCCAUAUCUAUGAGGUUGGACUUAACAAAUUCUCUCUUCUCCCCUCCUUCCCUUUCUUUCUUUCCAGAGAUGCUGAAAAGGGGCAUCUGUCCUGCAGUAUUCUUGGCUGGCCUACAUUCUAAGCUGACUCAGGGUUCUCUAGUCUCCAGUGGAAAGGUAACUGGGCUAUAGGCUACAGUUCCUCCUCCUGGAAAUUCCCCUUUAACGCCCCCUGUUAGCUCAAUAAAAGCAGUGUUUAAAUAACCAAAGUGCCUUCAUUGAACUAUACUUGCCAUUUCCCUCCCGCUUCUUAGUGAGAUAAAAUAGGGAUAAUUACAAAGAGGGAUGAGCAGGUUUAAUGAAAGCCAGUUUCUUUUUGGUAUAUUCCUGAAGCAGCAAUCAUCAUCUGUUUGGCUUUUGAAGAGCAACAAUUAUAAUCACUUAAAACCCCCAAGGGGAACAAAAAUAGAAUUUAGAUUAGCAUAUAAAAUAUACAGCUGGAUUGGGCAAGCUUGCAAAAAAAAAAAUUAAAAACAAAAAAUUUGGGAAGAUCAUUCUCAUUUGAAUGCUAUUCAGUAUCACAAGCAAAAUGAGUUCGAGAGGAUUUCACAUGCAUCUUUCUCCCUUUAAUAAAAAAAAAGGAGACAACAUUUUGAAUGAUUUUCCUAAAUAACAGGACAUGCAAAGCAGCUGAGCUUAGAAAAGAUACCCCAAGGCAGUAAGGCUAUAUCAAAGUGACAGGAUGUAGCUCAGUGGCAAAGCACAUACUCUCUUGCAAAAGAGUCGCAGGUUCAAUCUCAAGUGAUUUCAGGUAAAGCAGGGACCCAGCUGCUAGAUGACCUAAUCUGUACUACCAUCAUACAAAUCCAUUUUUUAAAUUAAGAAACGAGACCCCAAAUGCAUGUUUGGGCUGACCUAAAGGUGAGUCUUGGGUCUGAAAAAGGUAAAGGUAAAGACAUGACUCGACAAGGUGAUGGUCUGACUCCAUACAAGGCAACAUCCUAUCUCCUAAGUACAAACAUCCCUGGGCGGAUGUGCAGAAUAAAAAUUAUGGACAUAAUUCUGGACGUAUAGCAACCCUGAUUUACUCAGAAAUAAAGGAUACUAUGACCAGUGGAGCUUACUCCAAUGAAGUGUCUAUCAGUGGGCAGCCUAAGUUUCUAACAUCUUCUAAGGCGGUGGUUCCCAACUGGUGGUCCACGUAUGCCGUGGGGGCGGUCUGCACAGCGGUGGAGCAAGCUGAUUGGGCGCCUGGGGCGGCACGUGUGUCCUGUGCCCAGGGGCGUGGCCAGCUACCAGUGGGGUGGGGCGAGCUGGGGCAAGAUGCUCCGUGGGGCCUCUGAGGAGUCUGCCGCCCUCCUCUCACUUGGCCGCCCUACAGCUGGGGGGGGGGAGCCGCAGGUGGACCUUUUAGGCAGCAUGGAGCCAGCGCGCGCCCAAGCCACCAUGUCACUCCCAGGAGAGACGUGUGGCUCGGGCGCACUGCAGGCCGCACG